CCCACUCUCUUUCUCUCUCUCUCUUUCUCUAAGAUCUAUCUCCCUCUCUCUCUCUCUCAAAUUUCAAAAAGGCAUAUCAUCUCUAUCUGACAAAAUGCCCAAAUAUUUAUUAUUCUAUCUCUCUCUUUUUUUGCGAUUAUUAAUUCCAAAACAAAAUACACAAAAAGAGAAAUUCGGAAAUAUGGGUGCGAUUAGAGAGAUAAUGACUGCUCGUUCGUUUGUUCGUAGCAGUAGAAGUAGUACUAGUUUUUUUUGUUGUUGUUCCUCUUUCCAUCAAAAUUCCCAGUCCUUUCUUCUUUUUCGUAUUUUCUUCUUCUUCCUCUAUCAUUAUUGUUAUUGUUAUUGUUUUUAUAUUUAUUAUAAUCAUUAUCUUUUGUUAUUCCCUAAACCUCACCGCACAUUUCCGUCACGCUCUUCGAUUCUUCUUCGUCUUCAUCCCCCUCUUCAAACGCACCAAACUCUCUCUCCCUCCCUCACCCACGUUUCACUCGCAGCUGCUCCACGCUCUCUGAACCCAUAUUUUGCAAUGCAUGGUUUUAAUGGGAUUUCCCUUCUUUCAAGCUCUUAGUUUUACUCAGUAAGAGAAAUUUUUGUUUUCAUGUUUUUGGGUUUUUGCCACGGUGAGGUUGGAUUUUUAGGGUUUUCUUGGUUUAGUUUGGUGGCGAGCUCGAUCUUCGUCAAUGGAGGCUGCUGGUUCGGAGGGAGAGAAGAAGAAGCCGCCGGAGGGCGAGAACAAGACGAAGCGCAAAAUGAAGACCGCUUCUCAGUUGGAGAUUCUAGAAAAGACCUAUGCUGCGGAGGCAUACCCAUCGGAGGCAUUGCGAGCGGAGCUGUCGACGAGAUUGGGGCUCUCGGAUCGUCAAUUGCAGAUGUGGUUCUGUCAUAGGAGGUUGAAAGAUCGGAAGGGGCCGCUGGUGAAGAGGCAGCCGAAGGACUCUCCGGCUGUGGAGGAAAUGGUGGUGGGAGAGGUGGGAAAUGAGCACGCAUCGGGGUUGGGUUUGGUAUCGAGUAAGUUUGUGGAAUCCCGGCGAGUUGUUGGGCGACCGGGGGUCACUGUUCCAAGGAUUGGAAGUGAUAUGGGGGCAAUGAGUAGGUUCUAUGAGCCGCAGCAGUCAAUACAAGAGCUUCGAGCUAUUGCUUUUGUGGAGGCGCAGUUGGGGGAGCCUCUGAGGGAGGAUGGGCCUAUUCUUGGGAUGGAGUUUGAUCCCUUGCCACCGGAUGCAUUUGGUGCGCCUAUAGGAUUGCCAACAGUGGGGCCGCAGAAGCAGUCUGGGCGGCCAUUUGAGCCAAAGUUAUAUGAGCAGCCUGAUGCUAAAUCAAUAAAGGGUGUAGGCAGGGCUCUCCAUGAAUACCAAUUUCUUCCAGAGCAGCCAACUGUCAGAACUGAUGCAUAUGAGAGAGUUGCCCCAUCUUACCACUAUGGUUCACCUGGUGAUUGUCCAAAUGCCAGGACUUCAUCAUUAUCUUCUGGCCGCAUAUUCAUGCAUGGAAAUGAACAUGUACCUUCUGGCUAUGGUUUUCAAGGAGAGAAUGACAAUAAUUCACGAAAGAACCCCUUCACAAACAUCAUGGAUGCUCAUCUUGGUGCUCAUCCAAUAACUCAAAUGGAAAAUCCAUUUGUGUCCUCUGACAGGAGGGUCAUCCUUGAUGAGGAUGUUUCACGGAUGGAGAGGAAGCGCAAGACUGAGGAAGCGAGAAUAGCACGGGAAGUUGAAGCCCACGAGAAAAGGAUUCGGAAAGAGCUUGAAAAACAAGAUAUAUUGAGGCGUAAGAGAGAAGAGCAAAUGAGGAAAGAGAUGGAGAGGCAUGAUCGUGACAGGCGGAAGGAAGAAGAAAGGCUGUUGCGAGAAAAGCAGCGAGAGGAAGAGAGAUAUCAAAGGGAGCAAAGGCGUGAAUUGGAGCGGAGGGAGAAGUUUUUGCAGAAGGAAUCGAUCAGAGCUGAGAAGUUAAGACAAAAGGAAGAAAUUCGCAGGGAAAAGGAGGCUGCAAGGCUUAAAGCUGCUAAUGAGAGAGCCAUUGCUCGUAGGAUUGCUAAAGAGUCCAUGGAACUCAUUGAAGAUGAACGCUUGGAACUCAUGGAGUUAGCCACAUCCAGCAAGGGGUUACCUUCAAUACUUUCUCUUGACUAUGAAACUGCACAAAAUCUUGAAAUAUAUAGAGAUAUGCGAACUCCGUUCCCACCCAAAUCGGUGAAUUUGAAAAGGCCUUUCACUGUUCAACCCUGGAUUGACUCAGAAGACAACAUAGGGAAUCUUGUUAUGGUUUGGAGGUUCUUAAUUACUUUUGUUGAUGUUCUUGGACUUUGGCCAUUUACUCUGGAUGAGUUCGUCCAAGCUUUUCAUGACUAUGAUCCAAGGUUGUUGGGUGAGAUACAUGUUGCUCUUCUCAGAUCCAUCAUAAAAGAUAUAGAGGAUGUUGCCAGAACACCCUCUACUGGGCUGGGAGCAACUCAAAAUUGUGCUGCUAAUCCUGGAGGUGGACACCCACUGGUUAUUGAAGGGGCAUAUGCUUGGGGUUUUGAUAUAUGUAACUGGCAGCGCCACUUAAAUCCCUUGACAUGGCCAGAGAUUUUGCGGCAAUUUGCUUUAUCAGCAGGUUUUGGGCCACAACUGAAGAGAAGGAAUGCUGAACAGACAUAUCUUCGCGAGGACAAGGAGGGUAAUGAUGGUGAAGAUGCAAUUUCUAUCUUGCGCAAUGGAGCGGCAGUUGAAAAUGCUGUUGCCAUAAUGCAAGAAAGGGGUUUUUCUAAUCCACGCAGAUCUAGGCAUCGAUUGACUCCUGGAACUGUUAAAUUUGCAGCAUUUCAUGUUCUUUCUCUUGAGGGAAGUCAAGGCGUAACAAUAUUAGAAGUUGCAGAAAAAAUUCAGAAAUCUGGACUUAGGGAUCUCACAACAAGCAAGACACCCGAAGCCUCUAUUGCUGCUGCCUUAUCUAGGGAUUCAAAACUUUUUGAGAGGACAGCUCCUUCAACGUAUUGUGUACGGUCCGCCUAUAGGAAGGACCCAGCUGAUGCCGAGGCAAUACUCUCUGCUGCCAGGGAAAGAAUCCGGGUAUUUACGAGUGGGAUUGUAGAUGGAGAAGAUGCUGAUGAUGCUGAAAGAGAUGGAGAUUCAGAAAGUGACGCAGGAGAGGAUCCUGAGGUUGAUGAUGUUGGUGCUGAAAUAAAUCCAGUCAAAGAGAACCAUAAUUUGAAAGAAGAAACCAUAGUCAGUCCUAAAACUCCUGUGGGAAAUGAGAUGGGGAGUGAUGGUAUUAUAGAAAAUCCACAAGUAGAUCUUGGUAAUAUUGAGGAUUUGUCUUCAAUGCAAGCCAAAGGAUUAAAUGAGGAUGAGGGUGCUGGUUUCUCUGUUGCACAGUCUGUUGAUGUCUCUGGAAUUGGAAAUAAUAUGGCCAUUGUUAGUCAAGAAGAUACAGAUAUCGACCAGAGCAAUCCUGGUGAGCCUUGGGUUCAGGGACUUAUAGAAGGGGAGUACUCUGAUCUGAGUGUCGAGGAACGCCUUAAUGCACUUGUUGCUUUAAUUGGCGUGGCAAUUGAGGGGAACUCGAUUCGCACUAUUCUUGAGGAACGUUUAGAAGCAGCAAAUGCCCUGAAAAAGCAAAUGUGGGCAGAAGCACAACUCGAUAAGCGUCGUAUGAAGGAAGAGUUUGUAAUGAAGACACAUUAUUCAUCAUUUACGGGGAACAGGACUGAACCUAACCUUACGGCGUCCUUGGCAGAAGGUAGGCAAAGUUCAUUUCCUAUUGGCAAUGACAAAAGCAAUGAGAUGUCUGUUGCCGCUGCUGUCCAACAAGAACAAGUAAAUGUACAGAAUGAGCAAAAUUAUCUUUACAGUUUGCCCUCUGAAGAGAACCUGCAAAUGCAAGAUUACUGUGCUGGCCCAGAUAAUCUUCCAUGUCAGCAAGCCGGGUAUGUUGCUGAAAGGUCACGCUCGCAGCUAAAAUCCUACAUCAGUUACAAGGCGGAAGAGAUGUGCGUGUAUAGAUCACUGCCUCUGGGUCAGGAUCGCAGACAUAAUCGAUACUGGCGGUUUAUUACAUCUACUUCCCAAAACGAUCCUGGCUGUGGCAGGAUCUUUGUGGAGUUGCAUGAUGGACGUUGGAGGCUCAUUGAUUCUGAGGAGGGCUUUGAUGCUCUGGUGUCAUCUUUAGAUUUACGUGGUGUUAGAGAAUCUCAUUUGCACAUGAUGUUGCAAAAGAUUGAGAUGUCCUUCAAGGAAUCGGUUAGGAGGAAGAUGCCUUGUGUUAGGAUGAGAGAUAGUGGAGACUCUGUCAAAACAGGAGCUGUUGAAAUUCCUCGUGGCCCUGAUUACAGCAUAGGUACUGAUAGCCCUAGAAGUACUGUCUGUGUUGCUGAUUCAGAUACUUCAGAGACAUCAACAUCUUUUGCGAUUGAGCUUGGAAGCACUGUGAGUGAAAAGAAUGAUGCCUUGAAGAGAUAUAAUGAUUUUGAAAAAUGGAUGUGGAAAGAAUGUUUUAACUCCUUCGUAUUAAGUGCCUUGAAGUAUGGGAAGAAAAGGUGUACACAGUUGCUGGGUACAUGUGAUUAUUGUCAUGAUAUUUAUUCUUUUGAAGACAACCACUGUCCUUCCUGCCAUAAGACAUACAGUGCAUCUGGGAGAAGCUUAAAUUUUUCUGAGCAUGUGUCAAAAUGUGAAGAGAAAUCAAAGCUUGGCCCUUAUUGUACUUUGCACUGUUCACCCUCAGCUCCUCUCCAGAUAAGAUUGCUUAAAGUGCAGUUAGCUUUGGUUGAGGUUUCAGUUCCACCAGAAGCUCUUCAUCCCUUCUGGACUUACAGCCAUCGAGAAUCUUGGGGCAUGAAAUUGCAGUCCUCAUCAUCGGCUGAAGACCUUCUUCAGAUCCUGACAUCAUUGGAAAGUGCCAUAAAGAGAGACUAUUUGUCUUCAAACUUUGAGAGCACAAGUGAUCUUUUGGAUUAUUCUGACCCUUCUGGAUUUGCUAGAGAUUAUUCUAGUGGUCCCAAAACAGUUCCUGUACUUCCAUGGAUACCAGAUACAACUGCUGCUGUGGCACUAAGGUUAAUGGAAUUUGACGCCUCCAUCUCAUAUAUACUGCAGCAGCAGAUGGACUCUCAGAAGGGCAGGGGACCCUGGAUUAUAAAGCUUCAAUCAAAAUAUGCUGCGGGCAAGAAUUCAAAAGAUGAUGGUACAGCUCAUACACCAUAUCAAGCCGAACAUCUGAAUGAAGAGAACCAUGUUGACUCCGUUAUUGGACUUAAUAGCUAUGUUCGUGGACGAGGUGGCCGUGGAAGAGGCCGCACUCGUACUCGUGGUGGGAGAUCACAGAGAAAGGUCAUUAGUUCCAGGGCUGAGUCUGGCAAAAGAAGUACAACCAUGAAAAGUGACAGAUUUGGGCAGGUAACGGGAUGGAAAGGGAGACCACGUAGACGAGGAGGGCGUGGGCGAGGUCGUCGGAGCAUUAGAAGCAGGCAGAGAUCUGCAAAGGUGGUUCUUGUUGGUGCAGAAAGAAAUAACCCCAGAGAGAUCAUCAUUGAGAAAUCACAGAGUGACUUGGUCGGGAAGGAGUGGAAUGAAGAUGAAACAAUGAGGUUGGAAGUUGAGGAUGCUGGAAAUACCAGUAAUUCAGAAAGAUCCGGUUAUGAUGAUGAAAACAGUCUGGCAACAGGAGAUGAAUAUGAUGAUACGGUGAUGGAUGACUAUGCUCUUCAAUAUAAUGGCAGGUCUGAUGACUUGCUUCAAGGGACCUAUUAUGAUGUAGAUGUAGAGGAACAUGAUGAUGAUGAUGACGCUGAUGAAAAUGAAGAAGAUCAGCAAGGGGAUCUUGAUGUUGAGGAAUAUAUAAACGGUGACUCGGAUGAUGAGGAAAACGGUGAUGGAGACAGAGAGCAGAAUGUUGACCAAGAUCAAGGUGCAGGAUAUACAUCAUCGGAGUACAGUGAGUAAAGAGAUCACAUGUUUAUUGUAUAAGUGAUAUUUCAUCGUUGUUUUCCCUUUUUCUCAGGGGAGGGUUGGGGGAUGUCGGUUCAAUGGUUCAGAAUCAUCCUCAAAUCCAACUGUAUUUAUAAAGUUUACUGUUACUGUGCAAAGCACAUUUACUAAACGUAAGCAUUGAUGAUUCACAAUUA